AUGAUCCAUCCAGAGUCCCACCGGCAUCACUCCUCCAAGGAGGCGGCAGACAUGGCCGCGUACUGCGACAUGUACCAGCAACACCAACAAGCUCCGGCCCAGAAUCUCCAAGUGUGCGAGUAUGCUUCCCCGCCCGGGCCGUAUCUUUGGGGCAUGAACGCCCCGACGUCGGCCUACCCGCACGCCGCCCCUGCCGGGCCAUCGGCAGCCUUCGGCCCGCCUUCUUACAGUUCAGCGUUCGGGGGGCCGGAGCUGGGCUGGCUGUCGGCGGCGGGCCAGGAGGAGCUGCUGAAGCUGGUUCGACCACCGUACUCUUACUCGGCGUUGAUCGCCAUGGCCAUCCAGAAUGCGCGGGACAAGAAGCUGACGCUGAGUCAGAUCUACCAGUAUGUGGCCGACAACUUCCCCUUCUACAAGAAGAGCAAGGCCGGCUGGCAGAAUUCCAUCCGACACAACCUGUCGCUGAACGACUGCUUCAAGAAGGUGCCACGCGAUGAGGACGACCCCGGCAAAGGAAACUACUGGACGUUGGACCCCAACUGCGAGAAGAUGUUUGACAACGGCAACUUCCGUCGCAAAAGGAAGCGACGGUCUGACCCGACCAAGACGGAGGAGGGUGCACCGCCCCCUGGCCCCGUUCCCGCCCGGAGCCCGCCCUCUCCCUCGGAGAACGUUAAGACGGCGUCGUGUUACAGCAACUUUUACAGCGGCAUGUCCUCCCUGGGGGGCGGAGCCAGACAGACAGGGCACCUGGGGCUAUUGGAUGAGGUGUCCGGCAGGAACAUCGGCGCCUUGCAGGGACCCUACCGUCAGCAGGAGCCGUCCCAGCACGCUAACGAGGGUCUGUCCUUCAACCGCGGCCUCUACUACAAUGCCCUGGCAGGGGGACAGGGCGGACAUUUUAACGGGCACUUGUACAACGGAUUCAGCGUCAACAGCCUCAUUUACCCCCGAGACGGGGCCGCCGAGCUCUAG